AAACUUUUUGGCAUCAUGUCUGCCUUUCACAGGAAUAGCACCUACGAGGGGCAUGCUGACUAUCCUGGCUAUUCAGAGUCUCAAAACUAUACACAGAGCCAUUUGAAACCUCAGGAUCACCUAGAACUCCCAGGUUCUCUGGACAAUUCAGGUUUCCACCAUCCCAGGAGCAACCCAUAUUCUUCCCGCUCUAGAACAAAUCCAUACUACCCCAGCUCUCCAGCGGAAGCAGAUUACCCUGGAUCUCCGAGUAACACAGACUAUCAUAGCCCGAGGAGUCCGUCAUUCUCUGCAUAUUCCAGAACAAAGCCAGACUAUCAUGAGUCUCUACCUAAGCCAGACUAUAAUGACUUCCAGAGUGAUCCCUACCACUCAGGCUCAUCCCCAGAACCUGACUACCCUGACUCUCAGCACCAUCCUGGUUUUGCAGAAGUCAGAAGGAGCAUGAGCUAUGCAGGUUCCAGAAACAAUCUAGUUUAUUUGGGAUCCUUGAAAGAACCAGACUACCCUGGAGCUCAGGGCAACUCUGACCAUCCUGGCCCCAGGGCCAGUUCCAACCUGCCAGGCUCCAGAAGAGAUGUUGGUCAUGCUGGUUCCAGACUCAAAUCCUACCCAGACACCUUGGGGGAACCAGAUUACCCAGGUGCUAAUAAUCAGCCAAACUCACCCCACUUUUACGGAGAACCAGACUAUCCUGGUGCUGAGGACUCAAAGAAUGUUCCAGACUUUUGGGGAGAACCUGAUUAUCCAGGUGCUGAGGAAGGUCAUGGUUAUGGCUCUUCCAAACUGGGAGUCCUUAGGAGGAGUAAUAGCCCCUUUGGCAUGCUAGGGAGAAAGAAUGAAGAUUACCUUGACGACAUUGAAAUGGCAUCCAUGGAAAUGGCAGGUGAUCCUAGAAAAGGCUAUGUGAAUUCUGCUUAUGAGAGAGGAAGUAGCCAUGUCUGUGGAGUUGGAAACCUGCUUCUGUGUGAACGUGACUGGCACACGUCACCCCAAGGACAAAAAUUAAUUGCAUCCCUGGUUCCCAUGACAUCCAGAGACAGAAUCAAAGCCAUCAGGAACCAGCCAAGGACCAUGCAAGAGAAGAGAGAACUUAGGAAAAUAGUUGAUAAAGAAAAGAGUAAACAGCGCCAUGGCACCCUGGAGGCCAACUGCUGUUCUCAGUGUUUGAGCUCCCUUUCUCUGGCUUACCGCAGAAGCAAGAACAACCUUUCAGAGCUCCUCAAUUACAUCAGCUUGUGGCAGAAGACAUUUAAAGUCAUCGGAGGCAAGUUUGGAACCAGCGUCCUGUCCUAUUUCAGCUUUCUGAGGUGGCUUUUGAAGUUCAACAUCUUCUCAUUUGUCAUGAACUUCAGCUUCAUCAUCAUUCCACAAUUCACUGUGGCCGAGAGAAACACCCUCCGGUUCACUGGGCUGGAGUUUUUCACAGGGGCGGGCUAUUUUAGGGACACAGUGAUGUACUAUGGGUUUUAUACGAACUCCACAAUCCGACAUGAAACAGGCGGACCAUCCUACAACAUGCAGCUGGCCUACAUCUUCACAAUCGGAGCCUGCCUGGUCAUCUGCUUCUUCAGUCUGCUCUUCAGCAUGGCCAAGUACUUCCGGAACAACUUCAUCAACCCGCAUAUUUACUCCAGAGGGAUUGCUAAACUUGUCUUUUGCUGGGACUUCACUGUCACCCAUGAAAAAGCUGUGAAGCUAAAACAGAAGAAUCUGAGCACGGAGAUCAGGGAGAACCUGUCUGAGAUCCGCCAGGAGAAUGACAGGCUCACAUUCAACCAGCAGCUGACCCAAUUUUCUGCUCAUGUAGCCGCCUGGCUCGUCUCUACUGGAGUGGCUGCAGCCUGCUGUGUAGCUGUGUACUACUUGGCAGAGUACAACUCUGAGUUCUUGAAGACACACAGGAACCCUGGGGCAGUGCUGUUACUGCCAUUCGUUGUGUCCUGCAUCAACCUGGCUGUGCCUCGCUUCUAUUCCAUGUUCCACCUGGUGGAGAGGUACGAGGUUCCGAGACAGGAAGUCUACGUCCUCCUGAUCCGAAACAUCCUUCUGAAGAUCUCCAUCAUUGGAAUUCUUUGUUAUUAUUGGCUCAACAUCGUGGCCCUGUCUGGCGAAGAGUGCUGGGAGACCCUCAUUGGUCAGGAUAUCUACCGGCUCCUUCUCAUGGACUUUGUGUUCUCAUUGACGGAUUCCUUACUGGGGGAGUUCCUGAGGAGGCUCGUUGGGACGAAAUUCAUCACAAGUCUCAGCCUACAGGAGUUUGACAUUGCCAGGAAUGUUCUAGAACUGAUCUAUGCACAAACUCUGACCUGGCUUGGAAUUUUCUUCUGCCCUCUACUGCCCUUUAUCCAAAUGAUCACCCUCUUCAUUAUGUUCUAUGUGAAAAAUAUCAGCCUGAUGAUGAACUUCCAACCUCCAAGCAAGGCCUGGCGGGCCUCACAGAUGAUAACAUUCUUCAUCUUCUUGCUCUUCUUCCCGUCCUUCACGGGAGUACUGUGCACCCUGGCCAUCACCAUCUGGAGAUUGAAACCUUCAGCCAACUGUGGCCCCUUCCGAGGUUUGCCUUCCUUCAUUCAGUCCAUCUACAGCUGGAUCGACACCCUAAGCAGAAGGUCUGGCUACCUGUGGGUCGUCUGGAUCUACCAGAACCUCAUUGGAAGUGUGCACUUUUUUUUCAUCCUCACCCUCAUUGUGUUAAUCAUCACCUAUCUUUACUGGCAGAUCACAGAAGGGAGGAAGAUCAUGAUCCGGCUGCUCCAUGAACAGAUCAUUAAUGAAGGCAAAGAUAAGAUGUUCCUGAUAGAAAAACUGACCAAGCUACAGGAUAUGGAAAAGAGAGCCAAUCCCAGUGCACUUAUCCUGGAAAGGAGAGAGAUGGAGCAACAAAGCCCUUUGCAUUUAGAGGAACUCAGUGCUGCUUACGACCUGCGAUUGAGGCGAUCGGUGCUCGAAGAGGAUCCUGAAGCCUGAUGACUCUCAUGUGUUGUGGCAGCCAGAUGCCAGUCAAAACGGGAAAGAAAAUAGAAAUAAAUGAGUCAAUCUCCAUGACAGCUGGGCCGCGGGAGCUUCUCAGGAGUGGAAUCCAAGCCUGAGGCCAAGAGGAAUCUGACCCACAGUACAAAUGGCUACAAGAAAGAGGGCACACUUGCUUUUCUUCCAAUCCAGAUUGCGGAUUUUUUUCCAAGACAAAGUACUUGGAAUUAGAAUUGUUAAAAUAUUGGAAUUAUUCCACAACACCCGGGAAGAGGUAACCUGGAAAUGUUGCGUUCUUAUCUUUAAGAAAUAUAUGUCUGCAUGAUGGGGCCUUUAAAAAUCUCUCUUCCCAUACCUUGCAAUGGUUUAGAAACUGGUGCUAAGAAAAGUGGUCCAUGAUGAAUAAAAAUGUGAUCCUCAAUCCAGGAUGCAGAAUCUC